AUGACUUGAAGGAGACAAAUAUCAUAUCCUGCAACAUUCUCUCACCCUACAAUUGAACCUCCGCAAGGAAGACGCCUGCGAAGGAAGGAAGUGAGGAGAGUGUUAAGGAUUUAUAUUGCUUUGAGUCUGUGCGGAAAAAUCAUGAAUGUCACAGGAACCCUGAUAACCUCAGAUAAUGAGGAAUCCCUCAUUGUCACGUCCCUGGCUCUCUUCUCCAAACACGCCACGAAGCCUCCCAACACAGAAGUUUCUCCUGUCACCUUAUCUCCGGAAUGGUCACGCGUAGCUCGUCUCUUGCUCCUGUCUUGUCUCUCAGUGAUUGGGAGCGUGGGCAAUGUCUUCCUCAUCUCUUCCAUCAUGAUUGAGGAUCAUCUCAAGAAAGCUGGAAAUGCUUUUAUUGUGAGUGUGGCUCUGGCAGAUCUUCUUGUCACCAGCCUUCUGAUACCAUCGUCGACAAUUCUCCUUUUGGCUGGAAUUGAUGAUUCCCUGUCUGUUUGCAAGUUCCAAUGGUUUCUUGCAGCAUGCGCAUUCCUGGUCAGCGUCCUCUCGCUCUCGACAACAGCCGUGGAGAACUACCUGCGUCUAUGCACAUCCCAGGAGAAUAGCAACAAGACCUGGUUCAACAAGACCUCCACAACGGUGAUUCUCCUGCUCAUUUGGUUUGUCGGUGGGACAUCUUCUGGGUUGCAAUUUGUAUUUAGCCUGAGUUUUGACUACUGCACGCGCAAAUCUACGGGAAUUGUGCCAUAUCAGAUGGCCAUUGUGGCACUGCUCAUUGUCUUGCCCAUCAUUCUGACCUUCUACACUCAUGUCAGGAUCAUUCUCGAUGUUCGUCGAUUCAUGGGAGCGCCAAAUUUUAAGCCGUCGCUGGCUUACACGUGGGAUCUUGCCUUGGCACGGACUAAUUUCUACAGCUUCCUCAUUUUCAUCAUCUUUUGGCUGCCAUUUGGGGUGGUGUUCACCUACGGCACCACCAAGAUCAUCCCCAACUCGAGGAUUCUCUACAACACCGCGUGGUUUGGUUUGAGCAAGUCCUGCAUCCACAAUGUAGUGUACUGCCUCACCAAUCGUCAUUUCCGGAAUGCAUAUGUGAGUCUCUUUCACUAUUGCUGCUGCAAGACAAAUGUGUCCACAGCCAGACGCAAUAGAGCAGCCGAAGUAGCCAGGCCCGCAGCCGACGUGCGUGUCCAUAUUAUUCCGGGUUACAAUAUGUACUCGUACACGGGCCCCCAGAGGAAUUAUCACUGGUACUGGGGCAAGCGCCUAGCCCAGAGAGAAUUAUGAUGAAGCGAGGAAGAAUGCUGAAUGACCAGCAAGAACUGUGUCCGUCUAAAUAAUCCCAAUCAGUGUCUGUCUUUUGGUGGUCACAUUGGGGAACAAAGUCCCACACUCUGCCGAUGAAUACAGAGGAUCUUGUCCAUGGAGAGCACACUGAGAGAAAUCCGAAAAAGUUAAAAUAACAUUCCGGAAAUGUUAAUUUUACCCUGCUGUGUUGAUCCAAAAUCGGUGUAAAUAUUACCCUUUUUAGGUGUAUUGGGGAUUGAAGUUACCCUUUCUUCAUGUUGAUUUUACCCUCAAAAGGUGUAAAAUUAACAUUAAAAAAUGUUGAUAUAUUUUUACACCUAAAAAGUGUUAAAGUUAUGACGAAAAAAAGUUAAUCGCACCCUCUUUUUUUCUCAGUGCACUCUCGAGUUUUCAGAAUAAAAGGUAAGGGCCCCUUAUUUUAAUUAAUAAGGAUUAUUCCGGAUUAUUUUUGUGGGAAAAAGCAUUGAAUCAUCUUCCAAUCUCUCUCAGAAAUUUCAGCUAUUUGAUUCGCUAAUGAAUUUCCUGAUAACAUACUUCUUAUCUUUUUAUUCACUACCUGGGGUAAAUUGUAAAACAGUAAAUGCCUUAUUUACAUAAUAUUAUUCCAGCGUUUAAAAUUGGAAUUUAGGUCAGUGAAUAAAUUUAUUUCGUCGUGUUUUCAAUCAAGCUGUAAUCAUU